GUCAUUGUUUCAUUGAUCUCGCGAUGUUUCCUCGCAUUAUGAGCUUUCGGCGCAGGCUCUCGGAUUGAGGCUGUCGGAGGAAGGCGUCUUGAGGCGGAAGGAGAGCUCGCCUGCGUGAUUAGCCAGAAAGAAGCUCUCGGUCUGCCCAUGGCGGGGAGGAGCCUGUGAGGAGGCCCGCCCCACACUAUGUCCGCCCGUCACCUCCUCCUCCGGCUCCUGAGAGACUGAUCAGCGGCCGAGCAGCUCACAGAGCAUCGGCGGUGGGCUCAGACGGCUGCGUGGCCGGCCGGCCGGUCGGUCUAGAGCGGAAAAAGGACGGUUCCGCUAUGAACCUGCACCAGGUGCUAACGGGGGCUGUCAACCCCGGGGACAACUGCUUCUCCGUGGGGAACGUCGACGGCCACCCUUUCACGGCUUAUGCAUCAGGAUGUGACAUAGUGAUAUUGGGGACAGAUUUUGAAAGAUUACAAAUAAUUCCUGGAGCAAAAUAUGGAAAUAUACAAGUGGGAUGUGUAGAUUGUUCCAUGCAGCAAGGGAAGAUUGCAGCUGCUUAUGGAAAUAUAAUUUGCAUCUUUGAGCCAGUCAAACAUCUAAAGCAGAAGAAGAAUAAUUAUGGAUUAUUUUAUCAAUGGCAGAAUUCAGAUCAGAUUUGCUUGGAACAUGUUGUGCAUAAUUUAACCUGGGAUCCCACAGGUUCUCGUCUAUUGACUAGUUCAAGUUGUUUGCAGCUUUGGUCUAAUGUCAGUUUUGAAAAUCUGUCAGAAGAUGAAAAUCGUGAAAAAGCUGAUACUCAGAACUGGAGAAUCAUCUGGCAGACCAAAACCGCUUCUCAAGUUCAUCUAAUGAUGUUUUCACCAGAUGGAGAAUUUUUUGCUACUGCAGGAAAGGAUGACUGUCUUGUAAAGGUGUGGUAUAACACUGAUUGCUGGAAAUCAGUAAUUGCAUCACAACAUACAACACCAGAAAGCAAAAUGGAGGAACUCAGUUUUUCAUUUAUUUAUCUGAUUCAUCCUCGAUCUGUCGACGGUUUUUCAUGGCGAAAAACAAGCAACUAUAUGCCACGUGGUGCUGUGUGUAAUGUACUGCUGACCUGCUGCAAAGACAAUAUAUGCCGUCUCUGGGCAGAAACUCUGUUGCCUAAUGAUAGCCUCUUAUACGAAGAUGGAUAUAACAAUUGGCCUGAGCCAGUGAAAUUAAAUAACUUUAAGAGGAAUGCUUCUAGCAAAGAAAGCAUGAAAAAUGCUUUAGAGUUAAAUCUAAAACCUUUCCGACGAGGAAGAAGAAGAUCAAUAGCACUUGCACAUACUGGAUACUUGCCCCAUCAGCAAGACCCUCAUGUAGUUCAUCGAAACAACCCAUUGCAGUCAAAUGCACUUUGCCAUUUCCAUAUUGCUGCCAGCAUCAAUCCAGCCACAGACAUUCCCUUGCUCCCUUCUAUCAUGUCUCUGAGUCUUAAUGAAAGUGAAGAAAAAAGUGGUCCUUUUGUAGUGCACUGGCUAAAUAAUAAAGAAUUACAUUUUACGCUAUCAAUGGAAGUUUUUUUACAACAGUUUAAAAGAAAUUUUGAGCAUAUUUCCUCAGAAGCCAGCACUGAAGAACCUAAUCAGAUGACUUUCAGAUCUGAUGAAGAAACUGAUGACAGUAAAGAAGAACAGAGAAGAAAUCAAGAACAGAAAGAAUUUCCUGGUGAAAAACCUGUUUUAAAUUCAAGCUCCAUUCCCUUGUCUUCAGCUGUUAUUGAUCAUGAAAUUGAAAUACAACUAACUGAAUGGAAUAAAAAUGCAGAUAUGCUAUUUAGUAUUCAUCCAAUGGAUGGAUCAUUGCUCGUAUGGCAUGUCGAUUGGCUAGAUGAAUACCAACCAGGCAUGUUUCGUCAAGUACAGGUGUCAUUUGUUUCAAGGAUUCCUGUUGCCUUUCCUACUGGUGAUGCAAAUUCACUUUGCAGAAGUAUAGUGAUGUAUGCUUGUACAAAAAAUGUUGACCUUGCUCUUCAGCAAGGCAAACAAAAACCUACUAGCCUUGGUCGCUCCUGCUCUAUGUUAAUUUCUUCAGGUCAUAGCAAAUUGCCCAACAAUGUAAAACUAAGCAUCUUCACCCCAAAUGUUAUGAUGAUUUCCAAGCAUGCAGAUGGAUCGCUAAACCAAUGGCUAGUCAGCUUUGCAGAGGAAUCUGCUUUUUCAAAUGUUCUCAGUAUUUGCCACAAAUCACGAUACUGUGGACAUCGUUUCCACCUUAAUGACUUGGCUUGCCAUUCAGUACUUCCAUUGCUACUCACAACCUCUCAUCACAAUGCAGUGAGGAUACCAGUUCUUGAUAGCACAGAAGAGGCAUCUCCAGAACAUCAAAAUAAAAGUUCUGCCUGCAAAUCUCAGGAUCUUACUGCUGUUUACAGUGAACUUAUCCUCUGGAGAGUUGAUCCAGUUGGCCCACUGUCUUUUUCUGGUGGAGUUUCUGAGCUUGCAAGAAUAAAUUCUCUUCAUGUAUCUGCUUUUUCAAAUGUGGCAUGGUUGCCUUGCCUCAUACCUAGUUACUGCUUAGGUGCAUACUGUAAUUCACCAAGUGCUUGCUUUGUUGCGAGUGAUGGACAACAUUUAAGACUCUAUCAAGCUAUAAUAGAUGCCAAAAAGCUACUCUGUGAACUAUCAAAUCCAGGAAUUUCUAAAUACGUUGGCAAAUUUUUUAACAUCAUAAGUCAGCAAUCUACAGCUAGACCGGGUUGCAUUGUAGAACUGAAUUCUAUUACAGAGCUGCAUGGUGAGAAAAUGCAGCUACUUCAUGUUUUUCAAGAAGAUUUCAUUAUGAAUAAUCUUGAGAAUAGAUUCUCCGAAAAAGAAUCAAUACUACUUGAUCCUGGAUAUCAGGAAAAUGGAUUUUCUGAAAAAUUCUAUUUAAUUGUAAUUGAAUAUACUCAAAACUGCUCACUGUUACAUAUGUGGAAAUUACAUUUGAAAUCCCUACCAGUCUCAGUGGAUGAAAAAAUAGCACCUAAGGCAUCUGAAACAACAUCUCAAGAAGAACUGCAUUCUUCUUCUCCGGACCAAGAAAAGCUUCACAGUUCCUUUACAAAGAAAUAUCAAGUUUGCAGAGAUAAUCUUCAGAGCACCAGCCAAUUAGUUCUUUCUUCAGAAAUUGUCUAUAGUCAAGAACUGAAUUUACCAGAAGGAGUGGAGAUAGUAAGCAUUAAACCAUCAGCAGGUCACUUAAGUUCUUCUUCAAUUUAUCCAGUCCGCCAAGCUCCUUAUCUUCUUGCAACACUUUGCUCAGAUGGGAAAGUUAGGUUUUGGAGGUGUAGAAUGGCACAAGAAACAGAUGUGUUAUCCAAACCAGAGAAUACUAAGAACAGUGGUAUGUAUGUAUGGGAAGAAUGGCCAUUGCUAAUUGAAGAUGGACAUCUUAGUAGCAGUGCCCUUGAAGUGUCUGGUUUAUCUCUUGAAAUUAGCUGCGCUCAUACAAAUCGUUUAGCUGUGGCAUACAAGCGAACACCACCCCAAAACAGUAAUUCUCAAGAUUUUUUUGUGAAUGUCGGCAUUUUUGAAUGUGAAUCUACAGGAGGCUCUUGUUGGAACUUGGAACAAACACUUCAUUUAGAUGAACUAAACCUAACAUUGGAUUCGCUGAGUGUCAAUAGUAGUUCAAUGGCAGUAGGAAAUAAGAACUUAACAUUCAGAACAAAGCAUUUGGUUCAUUUAGACUGGAUGUCUAGGGAAGAUGGCUCUCAUAUAUUAACAGUAGGCAUUGGUUCAAAGCUUUAUAUGUUUGGUCAGUUGGCUGGGAAAAUACAGGAACAAAGUGCUAAGGAAAUGCUUGUACUGCCAGUAUGGGAUAAUGCUAAAACCUCUUGUACAUCUAGAUUUAUACUGUUACGAUGUGUCGAUUUGGUCUCAUCAGUAGAAGGGUCGCCUCCUUUACCAGUUUCUUUGUCUUGGGUUCGUGAUGGCAUCCUUGUGGUUGGGAUGGAUUGUGAAAUGCAUGUGUAUUCUCAAUGGCAGCCAUUUUCAAAGCAAGAUCCCAUUACUGCAGACUCUUUCAGUGUUAGUACACCAUCUAUAACAAGUUUAGUUAAACAAAGCCAGUCGUCUGGUGUUCCCCCAUCAAAGCGAACAUUAACCCGAUCCAUGGCUAGCUUUGCUCAAAAACUUGGUGGGAAACGAUCUGUAUUUGAUCUGUCACUGGAGAUGGAAGAUUCUGGUCUUUUUGAAGCAGCUCAUUCAUUAUGUCCUACUUUACCUCAGUAUCAUCCUGUGCAACUUUUGGAACUCAUGGAUCUAGGGAAAGUACGUAGAGCAAAGGCCAUUUUAUCUCAUCUAGUCAAAUGCAUUGCUGGAGAAGUUAUUGCUUUAAGUGACCCCUGCCAUGAGAAAAGGUAUCGGUCUCUCUCAAUCUGUGCUAGUGGGAGUAGUACAAGAGACCCUAUGACAUUUAACAGAUGUGUAAUAACAGACUAUACAGAAAUAGAUUCUGUUCCACCGCUUCCUUUGUAUGCAUUGCUUGCUGCUGAUGAAGAAUGUUCCUAUGCUUGUACUGAAAAGUCAAAUACUCCAAAGAACCUUAACAAACAUGUGACUGAUGAAAAUUAUGAGGAUCUAUUUCAAAAUUCCAGCCUGUAUACAGAUGAACUGACUACAAUUGAAGUAGAUGAAGAUGACAAAAAGCCAAAAGUUAUUGAUCUUUCUCAGUAUAAUCCAACUUACUUUGGACAAGAGCAUGCCCAAGUUCUUUCUCGUCACUUGCUUCAUUCUAGCUUACCAGGACUUACCAGGAUGGAACAGAUGCUAUUGAUGGCAUUAGCUGAUACAAUUGCCAUUACCAGUACUGAUAUAGGAGAAAGCAGAGACAGAAACAAAGGAGGAGAAACACUUGACGAAUGUGGUUUGAAGUUUCUUUUGGCAGUUCGUCUUCACACUUUUAUGACAACUUCUGUACCACCUGCUCACAGACCUCAGCUAUUAUAUCAAGGUUUGUCUUCGAGUCAUUUUGCCUGGGCGUUUCACUCUAUUGCAGAAGAAGAACUUCUAAACAUGCUUCCUGCAGUACAGAAAGGUGAUCCAACAUGGUCAGAGCUUAGAGCUAUGGGAAUAGGAUGGUGGGUUCGAAAUACCCAUAAUUUGCGCAGAUGCAUUGAGAAGGUCGCUAAAGCAGCCUUUCAAAGAAACAAUGACCCUCUGGAUGCAGCCAUUUUCUAUCUUGCAAUGAAAAAGAAGACUGUAAUUUGGGGGCUAUACAGGUCCCUAAAAGAUACUAAAAUGACACAGUUCUUUGGAAACAAUUUUACUGAGGACAGAUGGCGUAAAGCAGCACUGAAGAAUGCUUUUUCAUUGCUAGGCAAGCAACGUUUUGAACAUUCUACAGCAUUUUUUUUAUUGGCUGGUCACUUAAAAGAUGCCAUUGAGGUCUGCCUAGAGAAAUUAAAUGACAUUCAGCUAGCUCUUGUAAUUGCAAGACUGUAUGAAUCAGAAUUUGAAACAUCUGGUACUUACAAAUCAAUUCUUCAGAAGAGAAUUCUGGGAAGUAAGCCUCAUUCUACUGAAAGUCCAUCAACGCCACAUUUUGAUCCUUUUCUCCGAAGUAUGGCUUACUGGAUUUUGGAAGAGUAUGGUCAUGCUCUUGAUACUCUUUUAAGCCAUCCCACUUUGAAUGAUGAAGAUGAAGGAAGCUUCUCAAACUGUAGCCCUUCGGUAUUUAAUUUUUAUAAUUAUCUAAGGACGCAUCCUCUCUUGCUGAGACGCCAUUUUGGAUCUUCUGAUUUAUCUUCCACAAGGAUAUGUGUAACAGGAGAAAAGGGGCUGGCAGAUGAAAUCAAUUUAGAGGAAAGAAAAUUAUUCUUUACUGCAGCAUAUACUCAUUUGAAGUCUGGCUGUCCCAUGUUGGCUUUAGAAGUAUUAUCGAAGAUGCCUAAAGUGGUCAAAAAGUCAAAGAGUUUAAGAAGAACAUUUAGUUUAAGGAACACUAGUAAAGAAUGUUCACCCUCUUCUCCAAUGCCAGUAGAAUUGAAAGAUGACCAGUUUUUCAGGACUGACAGGUCAGAACCAGUGCUAAAUGGUUUAGGGCCAUUAUCAGAUGCUUCACCAGACAAACAUUCAGUUUCUGAUGCUUUGCUUGAUUGGAGUCAGCCAGCUGCAGUCUUCCAAGAUGACCCGUUGGAAUUAAAAUGGGACAGUGACAAAGAUGAGGAAAGUGAGGAUUCUUGCCUUGUAAUGAAACCUUUGCAGAAGAUAACAGGUGAAAAAACAAAUGAAGUUAACUCUAGCUGCACUGAAACCUACAGUUCAGGAGGUGAGAAUGAUGUCUUAGCUUCAUCAGAAGACAUAAUUUUUGUUCAGCUGAAAUUUAGGGCAUGCCUGAAGAUUCUUACAGAGGAACUUCGAACAUUAUCCACUGGCUAUGAAGUAGAUGGUGGAAAAUUAAGAUACCAGCUGUAUAAUUGGCUUGAAAGGGAGGUGGUAGCCCUUCAGAAGACAUGUGAAUACAAUAUUGAAGCAGAUGAUUCUCAGAGGGAAAUUAUCCCAGUAAUGGGUGAAAAUUGUUUAAAUGAGAAAACUGAAGACCUAUCAGAUAUACAACUAAAGGAAAAUAUUCAAAGAAGACACUGGCUUAUAAAAUACCAAUCACUUUUGCGAAUGUUUCUUAGUUAUUGCAUCCUCCAUGGGUCUCAUGGUGGAGGCUUGGCAUCUGUACGAAUGGAACUGAUUUUGCUUCUGCAAGAAUCUCAACAGGAAUUUUCGGAGCAAUUGUAUAGCAAUAUUGUAUCUGAGCCGAGCACAAUACCUCUUCUUUUUGCCUGUACUGCAAGUGCCAAAACAGUGGUAGCCAACCCAUUAUUGCAUUUGAGUAACUUGACACACGAUAUACUACAUGCUAUUAUUUCUCUUGACUCUCCACCCCACCCAGAUGUACAGAAUAAUAAGAUACAUGUAAUGCACACAUUAGCAGCAUCUUUAUCAGCUUGCAUAUACCAGUCUCUCUGCGGGGGUCAUAACUACAGUUUAUUGCAAGCAAACCAAUUCACUGGAAUGAUUUAUCAGACGUUGUUGCUUUCCCAUCGGCAUUCUCUAAGAACAGCAAGUUCAGAUGAAACAGUAACACCAAAUACUACACCAGCUCAAUGGCCAGGAAUAAUGGAUUUAAUACAAUUGCUGAAUCAAGCUGGGGAAGAAGCUCAGUCUGGGAUCACAAUUUUGCUCUGUGAAAUUCUUACGGCAAUCUACCUUAGUCUCUUCAUUCAUGGUCUAGCAACUCAUUCCAGCAAUGAAUUAUUCAGGAUUGUGGCCCAUCCCCUUAAUGACAAAAUGUGGUUUGCUGUCUUUGGUGGUGGUGCAAAGAUUCCCAAGAAAGGACCAAUUCAAGAAACAACCAAGAUGGCCUCUUCUCCUAUAGAUGAUGGUGAGAAGCAAAAUAAGCGGUUUAGACUGACAUCAAAAUCAUCAAAAGAAAAUUCACCUACUAAUUUACCUGGAAAAGAACAAGAUACUUCAAUUUACAAAGAGAAAUUUAUUCCUCCUGAACUUAGUAUUUGGGACUACUUUAUAGCAAAGCCAUAUCUUGCAGCAUCCCAAACUAGAUUUGAAUAUGAUUCAGAAGAAAGUCAGGACAGCAGUGAUGAAGAUGAAGAUGGAGCAUUCUUAUCAGAUUCAAAACUUCAGGAACAUUCUAACUCAAAUUCAUUUAGUUGGUCAUUGAUGCGCUUGGCUAUGGUUCAGCUUGUUCUCCGUAACUUGAAAAGUUUCUACCCAUUGGCUGGACAUGAUCUUACAGAACUUCCAGUUUGUUCACCGUUAUGCCAUGCAGUUCUAAAGGCUCUUCAGCGGUGGGAGCAGGUUCUUCUCAGACGACUUGAAAUGCAUGGAGGUCCACCAGAAAACUUUAUUUCUAUUCACAUUUUACAAGAUGCCUCAUCUUCAGGCCCUGCAUUACUUCGCCACAAAGCUUUGCUAGAGCCAACAAACACUCCUUUCAAAUCCAAAAGUCAUUAUGCAUUAUCCGUAAAAAGACUUUGGCAGUACCUUGUUAAACAAGAAAUGGUCCAAGAAACCUUCAUCAGUAACAUAUUUGCCAAAAGAAAGUGUUUAAAUGAGUCAUUAGAAGACCAGUCUGAAUUUACCAAAACUAGUUCAGGAGAAGAAUCAGGAGUCAAUAAGAUAGAGCAUGAUGCAGGAUCUCCUGGAAGUAAAGCAAGAAUUAUCCAUAAAGAGUCUGACAUUAUUACUGCCUUUGCUGUCAAUAAGGCCAAUAGGAAUUGUAUUGCAAUAGCCUCAAGCCAUGAAAUUCAAGAACUGGAUGUUUCUGGAAUUUUAGCAACUCAGAUCUACACUUGGGUUGAUGAUGAUAUAGAAGUGGAAGCUAAAGGAGCUGAUGACUUCUUAGUUAUACAUACUCGUGAUGACUUGGGAAACAUUCAAGGAACUACUCCUUAUACACACAGCACUCCUGGAACACCAAUCAAUAUGCCAUGGCUUGGCAGCACUCAGACUGGCAGGGGUGCUGCUAUGAUGAUCAAGAAGAAUCUCAAUAAUGUCAGAAGAAUGGCUUCCCACCCAACACUACCAUAUUAUUUGACAGGUGCCCAGGAUGGCAGUGUAAGAAUGUUUGAAUGGGGCCAUUCUCAACAACUUGCAUGCUUUCGAUCGGGUGGCAACUCCAGAAUUACACGGAUGAGAUUUAAUUAUCAAGGCAAUAAGUUUGGGAUCGUUGAUGGUGAUGGGCAUAUAAGUUUGUAUCAAACAAACUGUAAAGGUUGCCUACAUAAUGGAAGCACACCCAAACCAUACCUAACAUGGCAAUGCCAUAAUAAAACGGCUAGUGAUUUUGUUUUCAUCAGUUCUUCGUCUUUGAUAGCUACUGCCGGGUUAUCUACUGACAACAGAAAUAUUUGUCUGUGGGAUACUUUGGUUGCUCCUUCUAGUAGCUUGGUUCAUGCAUUCACCUGUCAUGAUACUGGAGCAACUGUUUUGGCAUAUGCACCCAAACACCAGCUAUUAAUAUCUGGUGGAAGAAGAGGCUAUACCUGCUUAAUAGAUCUUCGUCAAAAGCAACAGAGACAGUUUUUUCCAAAGUCAUGAUUCUCCAGUUAAAGCAAUUGCUGUAGAUCCUACAGAAGAAUAUUUGUUACAGGAUCUGCAGAAGGAAAUA